GACGAUGUCGAGCGGUCGGCUCUGUCGCCAGCUGCUGCUGCUGCUCGGCUUCGGCCUGGCGCUCGCCGCCUCCCAGGCUCCCGUCGUCAUACUGCUGGUGAUCGAGGAGCCGGAUGCCGAGAUCCUGGGCAGCUUGAACGACGUCGUGGCCGAGGCGGAGAGCCAGUUCGGCGCGAACCUCGUCAAGAUCGACGUGAAGGUGGUGCAGGUGGACCGCGAGUUCGUCGACGACAACUACGACAGAGUGUGCGCACAACUGUACAAGGGCAUCACCAUGAUCCUGGACAUGACGUGGACCGGCUGGGACAAGCUGCGCGACCUCGCGCGCGACUUCAACAUCGUCUACAAACGCGGCGACACCACCAUCAGCGCGUACGUGCAGGCCGUCGACGAGACGAUGAUGUACAAGAACAGCACCGACGCCGCCCUCGUGUUCGAGAACGAGAAGGAGCUCAAUCAGACGCUCUACUACCUGAUCGGCAACUCGAUCAUCCGGCUGGUGGUCAUAGAGUCGCUCACGGCCCAAACGGUCGAGCGCAUCGGCAACAUGAGGCCCCUGCCCUCCUACUACGUCAUCUACGCGAGUACCAAGCAGAUGGAGGAGCUCUUCAAGAUGGCGCUGGAGGGCGGCUUGGUGAAGCGCGACAAGGUCUGGUACCUGGUGUUCACCGACUAUAACUACGCCGAGUUCUCGUACUUCAAGGACGCGGCCAACCUGAACGUCAGCGCGAGCGUUCUGACCAUGAAGGAGGAGGUCUGCUGCCACCUGAUGUACACCGAGGCGCCCUGCAACUGCCCCGCCGACUUCCAGAUAUUCCCGCACUACUUCCGGCGACUGGUCCACUUGAUCGUGGAGACGCUGAGCGAGUGCCAGGCGGCGAACCAGCUGCAGGAGCCGCAGACGGGGCAGUGCCAGAACAAGAACGCCAGCGACGGCUCGGCCAAUGCCACGCUCUCCGAGUUCGACAGGCGGCUGCUGGCCAAAAUCGAGAAGAACGACACGUUCGAGUGGGUGCAGCAGCGGAGCCUGGUCGCGUACAAGGCGGUGGCGGACCUCAAGCUGCUGAACGACAAGGGCGGCCAGAGGGGCCAGCUGGACGCGAUCGGCGUGUGGUCGCGCGCCACCGGCAUCCAGGCCCUGCCCAACAAGACCAUCGAGGCGGCGCGCCGCUACUUCCGCGUCGGCACCACCGAGGCCAUCCCGUGGACCUACAAGAAGGUGGACCCGCAGAGCGGCCAGCCGGUCAGGGAGGCAGACGGCAGCCAGGCCUACGAGGGCUACUGCAUCGACCUGAUCAAGAAGCUGGCCCUGAUGAUGGACUUCGAGUACGACCUGGUGGUGCCGACCGAGGGCGACUUCGGCCAGAAGGUGAACGGCCAGUGGAACGGCCUCGUCGGCGACCUAGCCAAAGGCCAAACCGACAUCGCGGUCGGCGCGCUCACGAUGACCUCGGAGCGCGAGGAGGUGAUCGACUUCGUGGCGCCGUACUUCGAGCAGUCCGGCAUACUGAUCGCGAUGCGGAAGCCGGUGCGCAAGGCGUCCCUCUUCAAGUUCAUGACGGUGCUGAGGCUAGAGGUCUGGCUGAGCAUCGUAGGCGCGCUCACGCUCACGGGCAUCAUGAUCUGGGUGCUGGACAAGUACUCGCCCUACAGCGCCCGCAACAACAAGCACAUGUACCCGUACCCGUGCAGGGAGUUCACGCUGAAGGAGAGCUUCUGGUUCGCGCUGACGUCGUUCACGCCGCAGGGCGGCGGCGAGGCGCCCAAGGCGCUGUCCAGCCGCACCCUCGUGGCCGCCUACUGGCUGUUCGUCGUGCUCAUGCUGGCCACCUUCACCGCCAACCUGGCCGCCUUCCUCACUGUCGAGCGCAUGCAGUCGCCGGUGCAGUCCCUCGAGCAGCUGGCGCGCCAGUCGCGCAUCAACUACACGGUGCUGGAGAACUCCACCAUCCACCAGUACUUCAAGAACAUGAAGAUGGCCGAGGAGAAGCUCUACCAGGUCUGGAAGGAGAUCACCCUGAACAGCACGAGCGACCAGGUGGAGUACCGGGUCUGGGACUACCCGAUCAAGGAGCAGUACGGCCACAUUCUGCAGGCCAUCUCGCAGGUGGGCCCGGUCAAGAGCAUCGAGGAGGGCUUCCGCAAGGUGGAGGAGAGCGAGAACGCCGAGUUCGCCUUCAUCCACGACUCGUCCGAGAUCAAGUACAAGGUCACGCAGAACUGCAACCUGACCGAGGUGGGCGAGGUGUUCGCCGAGCAGCCGUACGCCAUCGCCGUGCAGCAGGGCAGCCACCUGCAGGAGGAGAUCAGCCGCAAGUACGUCGCCGACGGCCCCUCGACUCGCCUCACGCGCUCGGCGCCGCCCUUGCCCCCCAGGAUCCUCGACCUGCAGAAGGACCGCUACUUCGAGCAGCUCAGCUCCAAGUACUGGAACCAGUCGCUCAAGGGCAGCUGCUCCAACGCCGACGACAACGAGGGCAUCACCCUGGAGAGCCUGGGCGGCGUGUUCAUAGCCACGCUGUUCGGCCUGGCGCUGGCGAUGGUCACCCUCGCCGGCGAGGUCAUCUACUACCGCAGACGCAACGCCGGCCGCCAGGACGAGCCGCGCUCCAGGGUCGGUGCCGACGCCGCCGCCAGCGCCAAGGGCAAGGACCUCGACGCCGACCAGAUCGCGAUCCAGAAGCUCGCGGCGAGGCUGCAGCUCAAACCCGCGCCCGCCGUGGUCUUCGACCAGAAACCCAGCCCCAACGCCGCGACCAAGCCGCGAGUCUCCCACAUCUCCGUCUACCCGCGGCCCUUCCCUUUCAAGGAGUGAUCCCGCCCCCGCCUCUCCCUUUCCCGUGUGUCCGCUGCAACCGCUCCACCGCCUCCCAGGCUGCGAAUGUCUCUGUGCACGCCUGCGCAACGCUGCACGCGCGUCAACUGUAGCUGCUGAUAUCUCGCAAAUAAAUAGUCCUCACCAAGC